UGAGUCCCCAUCCUUAAUCCAUUUGCCAUUUGAUAUCUAUGAGAAAAUUCCCUUCUAAGACGACCAAAUAGCCAGAUCAGAUGGUGCUUCUGAGUGGAUCAGUCCCAUUCAUUUGGCUUUUUCCCAGCUUCCUCAAGGGUGGCUUAACCACCGUCACCAACCCCAACCAACACUCUUCCCCGCCUGGCUAUUUGGAUGUUUCUAAUCAGGCUCCUGUCACAAUUGAAUAUUGCAGUUACAGUCAUCAACAAGAUGGUGGUGUUGAGAUUUACCAAAAGUUGUGGAUACAAGAUGCUGGAUAUUAAAAUUCCUGCUGGGUAAAAAAGUUUGUUCCAACUUCCAGAGACUCCGAACAGGAGUAUAUGAAAAGCAUGAAAUUCUAAUGAUGAAAGGUGAAGCAACAUCAUAUGCGGCCUCAUCAUGAAUCUUUGAAUUCAUGGUGGGUGCUUUGGCUUCUUUUUCUUCUUUUUCCUUGCUCAACACACAAAAGAAAAACCAGUCCCUGCCAUUCCAUUCAUUUUCCAUGUACUAUAUAGUAGCUUUCCCGCUGCCUUGUUCUCAAAAUUGGGUCUUGAGGACCCUACCAAUAUCUGGGGAAAAGAUCAUGCAUAUCUAUUCAUGGAUUAACCAUCUUUUUAUAACACAAUGGGCGUGAGAAUUCCCACGCCUAAGGUGACCAGAGGCAUUCCAAGACCAUAGAAGAAAUGCCAGGGGGGUUGGGGAUAUUUCCGCUUGGGAGUUGCUUUUAUGGAUGUCGUGACCAUACGCAUGCCUCGGGACUUGGCACCAGGAUCUGGAACCUCAGUGACAGGCCCUUGGAGCUGCAGAUAAGGGUGGGAUCAAUAUUGAAGAAGGGUCACAUACUGAAGCCAGGUGCCUCAAAGAGACUGAAAUGCAAGAGCAUUUACAAGGCUCACAUGCCCGGUAGGGGUGGCAGCAAUGGCGGAAUGAACAGCCUGCUUUACUACUACGACGAGACUUGCCACCCUUACGUUUGGAUACACGACAGCGUGGGCGAUUUCACACGGAUGGUCAAGCAGCAGUACAUCAGUCUGGAGGACCUGAGAGAUUGCUCCGAGAUCAGAAUUUUCAGAGACCAUCAGAGGGGCUGCAUAUCGGUUCGCAAGAAACCAAGGCCUGACUUUUGCUGAAUCUCUCUUUGCUCCCUUUCGUUGUAAGUUUAGACCACAUGAUAUGAAGAAGCAUUGAUCAGGAUAAUGUUGCUUUGUAAUCCAUAUGCUUUCUUUUUUUUUUUUUUUUUGGAAACUGUGUGAUUCAAGGCUUGAGGUGUAAGUGUUAAUCUCUAUGUACCAAGGGAUUUUACAGAAUCAAAUUGGUGCAGUUGUUGGAUCCA